ACUUAGAAACAGGCCCAGGUUCAACCUAGGUUUCAUCGUCUCUCUCCCUUUACAACUUCGAGUUUCUGCCGUCGAGAGUUUCAUGUCGUUCGUCGAUUGCAUUUCCUAUUCCUACUCCGUAACGUCUCAUUGAUUUCACCUGGAUCCGAGUUUAAGCGUCGUUAACCCACUCAUCCACUCUCCAGCAAUCAAUCCCCCUCAUCGAAUCCCAAAGUAACCGUCUAAAGCCCCGACUAUAAAUAUCUACUCUUUCAGCCAUGGACAGCAAAGCUUCGACGAAACCUAAUCAAAUUCUCUGUUCUGCUUACCCAUUACUGCGAUGGCUAAUUCAUACACACUCCUUGCUGAUUUGAAAGCCGGGCGAUGCUCCAACACUGCGGCAGUUCGUUUGCUGAGGUUUUGGAGGCGAGGAACGUGAAGAAAGGUGGUGAGUUGAUGAGUCUUGACAUGCUUCCCCUUGAUGAGAACUCGACGCUUAUACAAGGUUCAGUUAGUGCCAUUCGUCAGCUCAAAUUCAGAAAACGUCUAACUGAAGGAUCUGUCUACAUGUUGAGCGGUUUUGAUGUAGCCCGCAGCAAUCCCAAUUUCCGCUUGUCCGAUGCGCCCCUCUCCACAAGGUUCAAUGAUGGAACCUCUUUUGAUAAGCUAACAGAUUCGGUUAGGACCAUACCUGCUGAGCUGUUCCGAUUCCGUCCAUACAAUCAGUUGCUUGAGCUGGCGAACACAGGCAAACAGCUCCCUGACAUAAUUGGGGAGUUAAUUGCAAUCAGGAGUACAAUAACUCAUCAUAUACCUGGGGCACAGCGUGUGAUGCUCACUCUGCGUCUACAAAGUGGUGAUAACGUUUGUGUCAGUCUGUUUGACUCUAUGGCCCUUGCGUUUCAUAACAAAUUUGAUGCCUACGGGAAAGAGCCAAAAGUUGUGCUCGCCACAAGCGUUAAUCCUAAGAUAGUUGGGGAUAAGCGAGUAUUUAAUUACAUUUUUUUUGUCUUUACACAUGGCUUCGAGGAACAUGCUAUAUACAGUUUGGUACAAACUGUUUUUUUUUUAAUUGAGCUGAUAUGUUUGGGCAGGGCGGUUGUUCCUGAAUGCAACUUCUGCCACACAUCUCUACUUUGACACGGAGACCGCUGCAGGAAAAGAAGUUUUCGACAAGCAAGUUCAUCUUUCAUACUAGAUAAGCAAAUAUUUUGUCCACUUGGAGUAUAUUUAUAUUUUCUGGCAAUUUUCUUGCAGCUUGCCAGGUCACGGAACAGAGCAGGGAACGUUUUCAUCAAAGGUUGUUCAUGCGCAGAAGAUUGAACCACUGACCAUUUCUGAGCUUAACCAAUUUAUUAUCACUGCUGAUUCUCAGAUUAUUGAGUUUCUAUGCACUGCUAAGGUGACCGGUAUACAACAAGAUGACGGUUGGUGUUAUAUUGGGUGCUCCGGGUGCUCAAAGAAACUCCUCCGAGAGAUCUCUUCCUUCACAUGUGUUUCAUGUAAUGAAACUAAUGCUGUGGCAUCACUCA